GGCGCUGUGGACGUUUACAGUGCGCGCAGCUCGCGUUUCACUGGCACAGGAGAGCGGAGCGGCUCCGAGUAGCAGCGCAGGCGGCAGGAUUGUUUCACAACACCUGGAUAUAUUUGCCACGUUAUUUUGUAAUUGCGCUUACAAUGACUCCGGAGACUGGAGGUCGCUGGUUGUAGGGCAGUGGUCUCUCUCUAUUUUUCCUGUGUGUGGUUCCUGCUACGAUCAAUCACUGGAGGAGCAGAGAGGCGUUUGAACGGGGCACAUUAAACACUGCUGCUGCCAGGCUGGGUUGAUUAAGGUGGCUUCUUCCUUCCUUUCCUCUCUGUCUCUGUUUCUCAAUGCAGCUUGCAUUAGAAGAAGAGCUCUGAGAGCUGACCCAUAAUGUCCUGCACUGGCAACUUGAUUUGGGAUGUAAGGAAGCGCUCGAUCGGCUACAGUGAUCCCAGCGUUGUCAGGACCAACUAUUUAGGCAGAAGAGAAUUUGUGCAGCGUCUGAAACUUGAGGCCAUACUCAAUGUGCAUGAUGGCUGUGUUAACACUAUAUCCUGGAAUGACACAGGGGAAUAUAUCUUAUCAGGAUCUGAUGACACCAAUUUGGUUAUUACAAACCCCUACAACAGAAAGGUUAAAACAACUAUUCGUUCAGGUCACCGAGCCAACAUCUUCAGCGCAAAAUUCAUGCCCCACACCAACGAUCAGCAGAUUGUGUCCUGCUCAGGCGAUGGCAUCAUAUACUACACCCACACAGAGAAAAGCCCAGACAUCAACAGGCAGUGCCAGUUCACCUGCCACUAUGGAACUGCUUAUGAGAUAAUGACCGUUCCAAAUGACCCCUACACCUUCUUGUCCUGUGGUGAGGAUGGCACAGUUAGGUGGUUUGAUCUACGCAUGAAGACCAGCUGUACAAAAGAGGACUGUAAAGAUGACAUUUUGAUUAACUGUCGGAGAGCUGCUACCUCGAUAUCCAUCUCUCCUCUGGUGCCCUAUUACCUUGCUGUGGGAUGCUCUGACAGUUCCGUUAGAAUAUACGACAGACGAAUGCUUGGCACAAGAGCUACAGGUAAUUACAUGGGGAGAGGGACAACAGGCAUGUGCGUACGAUUCGUCCCUGCCCACUUAUCCAACAAGUCGUGUCGUGUGACAUCAUUGUGCUACAGUGGAGAUGGACAGGAGGUUCUGGUCAGCUACUCCUCUGACUACAUCUACCUGUUUGACCCCAAAGACGACCAGGCCAGAGAGCUGAAAGGCCCGUCUGAAGAAAGGAGAGAGGAGCUAAGGCAGCCACCGGUCAAGCGAUUGCGUCUGAGAGGAGACUGGUCAGACACGGGACCCCGUGCCCGCCCGGAGAGCGAAAGAGAACGCGAUGGAGAACAGAGCCCUAAUGUGUCUCUGAUGCAGAGGAUGUCGGACAUGUUGUCGCGUUGGUUUGAGGAGGCCAGCGAGGCCCAGAGCAGCAGAACUCGUCCGCAGACUCGGCCCAGAGGUACUGCAGAUCAGCCUGGGGAGUCAGCCGCAGCCUCAGAGAGCACAUCUCAGGAGCCCGCAGGAGCCGAAGGUCCUAUGGAUGUAGAGCCUGACAUCCCUGAUGCUUCUACCGUACCUGCCUCAAAUGCAGCCUCAGCCUCAGCCUCAGCUUCAGCAGAGCCCCUUCCUAAAUCCGUAUCAUCAUCCUCCUCCUCCUCAGGUUCCUCCUCCACUGUGACAGCCCCACCUUCUUCCAGCUCUACCUCUAUGGAGAGCACAGCUUCUUCCUCUUCUCUCCUCUCCUCUCCAGACUCAGAGCAGAAGAGCCAGACUGAGGUCACACCCACUGGCUCGGCCACGCCCACACCCUCUACAGAGCCUGUCUUGUCUGAAUAUGGCCCCCAUAGGCUACCGGUAAGUUUAGUGUGUAGGCGUUUACAGAGGCUGCUCCUCUUGGCCGACCCCCCUGGGCAGGGUCAGCGGUCGGCCUCUCGAACCUCCAGAGCCUCAGGGGCCUCCAGCUCAGAAAGCCCAGCCCAGGGGCCUGCUGCAGACACCAGCCCCCCAGCAGAUUCACCCUCGUCUGUGGUAAACAAACAGCUCGGAUCCAUGACUCUGGAUGAGGAGCAGGGAAGCGCUGAAGCAUCAGGGAACGUAUGCAGUGAUAUGAGCACAAAUAUCAGUGAGGCUGGAGAAGCAGCCUCUGCUCCAGCAGUCCCAGCACCCCCCACUGGCUCAAGCGACAGUAGCAGCGGGAGUGGAGCAGGAGGCUUAUGUCACGGGCGAAUGGCUCCAGCAUCCAGCACAGCUGAGCCUGUCCUCAGCCUGCACUACAGCACUGAGGGCACCACCACCAGCACUAUCAAACUGGACUUCACAGAUGAGUGGAGUAGUCCAGGGUCUGGCUCCAGAGGGACUGGUGGCGGGCAGAAACCUGCUGAAGCUGGAGAGAUCCAAGAGCCUGCUGGAGAGAAGCAAGAGCAAGUAUCAGCAGGACUGGUGGCAGACAGCUGGCCCGCAACAGUCCCAGAGGAGAACGAGAGUGCAGACAGCAGGACUGAGAAAGCUUCAGGCAGCUCUGAGAGCAGUAUAUCCCUGAAAGGUCCAUUGACUGAGGGCUUGUCUCCAGGGGCCACAGAAAGCCCAGCUGGCCCACAAGAUCCACUGGCAGCGGGCUUGGAGGAGUCCACCGAAGGGUGCAGGCGGACAGAAGCAGCUUGCGAGACCACUCAGGGGUCCACUCAAACCUCCCGCAGUCACCAAGACUCAGAUGACAGUGAUGACGACCCAAUUCUCAUCCCCUCAGCCAGGUACAGAGGAGCUCAGGGACAGAGAUUUAAUUUCAGAGGCUCGUCAGUAGGUGAAAGGAUGAUCAGGCGCUCGGCAGCAGCUCGUAUCCAGGAGCUGUUUCGUAGGAGGAGAGAAAGGCGUGAGAUGGAGGAGAGUGAGACGCAGAACAUCAGAAGACCUUCAGUUAAAAUGAUGUAUAAGGGCCACCGCAACUCCAGAACUAUGAUAAAGGAGUCUUGUUUCUGGGGGACUAACUUUGUGAUGAGCGGCUCAGACUGCGGUCAUAUCUUCAUCUGGGACAGGCAUACAGGAGAGCACUUAAUGCUGCUGGAGGCUGACAAUCAUGUGGUCAACUGCCUACAGCCUCACCCCUAUGACCCCAUUCUCGCUUCAUCUGGGAUUGACUAUGACAUCAAACUCUGGUCACCGCUGGAGCAAUCGCCAUCGUUUAAUAGAGACCUUGCUGAUGAGGUGAUAGCACGUAAUGAACUGAUGCUGGAAGAGACGAGAAACACCAUUACUGUACCCGCCUCCUUCAUGCUCCGGAUGCUGGCUUCACUCAAUCACAUACGAACAGACCGCUCUGAGGGCUCCGGGCAGGAGAACGAGGACGAACAGUGACCCUGCUUCGAAUUUCCUUCUUUCUUCAAUAAACUGUUUCUUUUGCAUUGAAACAGAUGAAUAUGUGAGAUUUGUACAGAUUAUAAUGUAGAAUAUUCCCUUGUUAGAUCCAUUUUUAGUAUUCUUUUUUUAAAAAAAAUGACUUUCCUACUGAUUACUCCAAAUGGGAGUAAAAAGCAGUCUGUGUGGAUAAAGACAUGAAUGCGGACAAGGGCGAUAUAUAUAUAUAUAUAUAAAUAUAUAUAAAGUAAAAUAAAAUUUUAAAAAAUUGGAAAAAGAAUGUAGUUGACGGGUGCUUAAGAGAAUAUUUAAGUGCAAUAUUUCUGUUGCGCAAAUGGUUGAGUGUUGAUCAGAUUUGUGUGAUUUUUUUUUUUUUUUUUUUUUUUUUUUUGUAGCAUCGUAUCACUAAAAGAAUUCAAAUGUUUGUAUACCUGGAGUUAUGCAUGUCAGACAUGAAAUCAUGCUUUGUUUCUAUUGCUGAAAAUGAUCCUGUUUUCAGUUUUCUCUGUACUCAGUGUGUGUUUUGUGUAAAGAUAGACUGUCUUUUUCUGUCCCAAUGAUUCUUCAUUCGUUCUUCCAGGAGCCACCUGUUUGUUUUGAAUCGAACACCAACUGCCAUGUCUUUGGACUAUAAGUAAGGCUUCAAAUCUGAGAGUCUACACUGUUGAGGGAUCCAGACAAGGUUGUAUUUAAGUGCACUGCAUGUGUAAAAUGAAAUGUGAGUAGGCAGGCAUGUAGGUUCAUACCAUCAGUCUUUGAUCAGUCAGUUCAGACCACUGCUAUCAGGCAAAAUGGUUCUGCUCACUGAUGGCUGGCAGAGUAGUGUUUUGAGUGUUUCUCUGCAAACAGGACAGAUGGUAUUUGUUUUAGCAGCUGCUGACCAGAGUGCUCUGCUAAGUGGCUACUGAUUAUAGGGAAGCAGACAGAAUGGCUCUGCCUCAGCCUCCAUCCCCCUGUGGUGCUUUACACCAGUCAUUUCACACUAUUCAGGAAUGUUAGCUGUCUCUUCCUCCACCACUCGUGAGAACUUUAGCUGUACACAAGAGUAUAAAAGGAGAAUGAAUAUUUAUGGUAUUGGAUGUGCUGUGAAAUAUGGACACUGAACGCAUUUUGAAAAGAAACUUUUAAAAGGAUUUAAUUACUUUAACAUUUGAAAUGGAUAAUCCGAACUUUCUUUUGGAUCGCAAUAAACCAUUACAAGAAA